AGCCGCCCUACAAAUGCGUUUUCAAGCGAAUUAUAUUUUGCUUGGUAUUUUUGUACAAAUUGCGGAGUCGUAUAUUGUAUUUCAAACCAUCUGUCGGUGCCAUGCUGUUUUGUCUAAAAGGCUUAGUGUUUCAUUGUGCAUCAUUGUGUCUGUUUGUGCGGUACAUUCACGAUUAAAAAUAUGGACGUUUGUGUUGCAUACUCCGCGAAUACAUAACUAAAUCGUGUCACUGCCAUGUUACAAUGUGCUAAAUAUUACCAAUACUAGACAACAGACAGAAACGAGACCGGCUUGUUAUGUCAGUAUAGUAUUGGAACAACAAGGCUGAUCUCAUGAAUAUUAAUUAACCCGCGCUCUUUAAUUGGCUGUUGUGUUACAUGAUUAAUAUUUAUGAGCAGUAUGCCUUAUUUUCAUUGGACGUAUUUUUACGUGUGACUGCUUUUUUAACAUCACCAUAUAAUUGCUGCUAAUUCGAAGAUCUAGCAUGCUUUAAAGCUGAAAUGUAACAUCAAGCUGCAAAAUAAAAUAUUUGAAGUCAUUUAAACGUACAUAAAUGUGCUUUUAAAUGUGUACGAGCACAAAUUAACAUCUGAAAAUAUCUGGACAGGAGUCGCCUGCGAUAGGCAGAGGAGAUUGAUGAGAGAGGGCAAAAGUGCAAUCAUGGAUCAGCCCCAAAAGACAAAGGAAGAGCAGCAGUCGUCCUCACAAAUGGCGGCACCUGAUGGUGGCUGGGGCUGGGUGGUGGUGGGGUCUCUUUUCGUGUCCUCUGCCCUGGUUUUUGGGCUCAUCCGCAGUCUGGGUGUCUUUUUUGUGGAGUUUGUGCAGUACUGGGAGAGUGCCCAGGCGGUGUCCUGGAUAACAUCCAUUGGCUUGGCCAUGCAGCAGCUAAUGAGUCCAAUAAGUGCAGCCGCAUCUAAUGUAUACGGAGCUCGUCCGGUUGUUAUGAUGGGAGGAUUCUUCUCAGGCCUGGGAUUCAUUCUGGCUUCCCAGGCAACAUCUCUUUUACAUCUUUACCUGACUAUAGGAUUCAUUUCAGGUUUAGGCUGGGCGCUGAUCUUCACCCCUACUGUUGCAUCAGUGAUGCAGUACUUCACCUUGCGGAGAUCUCUAGCCAUGGGCCUGGGCUUCACAGGCGUUGGACUUGCUUCUUUUGCAUUCUCUCCACUUUUUCAGUAUCUAAUAGAUGUCUAUGCUUGGCGUGGGGCACUGCUUGUCCUCGGAGGCCUCAGCUUCAACAUGAUUGCUUGUGGAGCUCUCAUUCGGCCUCUAGGGAAACCAAAGGUUGUGGUGAAGACCGAAAACUCAACCAAGAUCAACAAAUGUUCUUCUUUGUUCUCCCGUAUCUACGAGGGCUUUGAGCUCUCUCUGCUUUCACACCGAGGCUUCCUCACUUAUUCCGUGGCCAUCACCUUAUUUAAUGCCGGCUACUUCAUCCCUUACGUUCACCUGGUCGCCCACAGCCGUCACAUUGGUUUCACUGAGUACCAGGCAGCCUUUGUAAUCUCUGUAACCGGUGUGGCAGACAUCGUGGGCCGCGUAGCCUCUGGCUGGUUCUCGGAUCUGGGCAAAAUGCGGAUGCAGCACAUGCUGGUGGUGUGGACUGGGCUACUGGGGCUCUCUCUGAUGCUCAUUCCCGUUGGCGUGGUUUUCUCAGCACUGUUGGUUGUCGGUGUGAUCUAUGGGCUUUGCGCAGGAGCAAUGACGCCGCUGGCUUUCGCAGUGGUGCCGGAGAUCGUAGGCAUGGAGCGAAUGCUGGGAGCCCUUGGCCUGCUGCAGCUCAUAGAGAGCGUUGGAGGGCUUCUGGGAGCACCACUGUCCGGCUGGCUGAAGGACUAUACUGGGACAUACACGGUAUCAUUUAUCACUGCUGGAAGUUUCCUCGUGUUAGGUAUGUUAGUUACAAUGACUCUUCCUUAUUUCUGGUCUUGUGCGGCCCCUGCAUCCCCAUCAUCUUCAGAGAAUACGUUUCAGCAUGAAUCCAUUGAAGACGGACUUCUCAAACAAACCCUGUCCUCAAAUUCAGUACCUGAGAUACUCUGUCCUUUGGAUGAUACCCAGAUAGAGUAAAAGGUGUGUUGGAAGAGUGAUGUUACACAUCUAGUGCAAGAACGAGAAGAAUAACUCAGGAAAUUAUGCUUCAUACUAAUUUAGGGGAAAUAUUAUAUAUUUUUUUAAUGUUUUGAGUUUUUGGAGAGAUAUUUUGCAUUGUCUGGCAGGAUAUAGGCAACGUUUGGCAUUGGAAUCGCAAAUCAUAUCGCACUGAAUGGUUUUAUACCACAUUUUGCAGUAAAACUUUUUGUGGGAUAUAUGAAAUAUACUCCAUUCCAAAAAAAAAAAAAUUAAUGUAAUGUUUGCUAUUAGUGCUUUUCGGCUAACAACAAGACAAUCAAUUUGAUAGAAGUUCUCAGGUUUUGAAAGAUUUUGAAAAAUAAUCAGUUUCUUGUGGAAAGUUCAAAACAAAUCUGGAUUGUUUAAUCAUUCCUUGUAUAUAUACAAGUAGACACGGGUUUUUGGGCAUGCACUGUUAAAUGAGGGCCCUUGAAUUGAGUUAUACAAUAGUAGCAUAAAUCCUUAUCAUGAUGUAAAUGCAAUAAAGUAACCUUGCAGUUACCAGCUUUUCUUUUUGAUUACAUAAUUAUGACAAUAUAAGGUUGGCACAGUCAGAUAUCACAACUGCAGCUCUACAGUGUUGUUGUAGUAUAAUUUGGAUACCGUUAUAGUUUUUAUAUUUUUUUAGUUUUCAUUUUAUUUAGCUUUAGUGAUCGAUCAACAGUAUCCUUACUGCAGCCGUGUCCAUAUCCCGAUAUUUUUCUUAGAUUGUCAAAAUAUGCAAAUGUUUUGCAUCCGUCAGUAUUCGUUCUAAAAAGCCAUUAUUCUGCUGCCAGUCUAUAUAAUUACACAAAUAAUUAUAUUUAUUACUUUAAUUAUUUAAAGAUACUUAUUAAUAGCUCUAGUAUUUUUCUGUUCUGAAAUCAUCAUUUUUCUAAAUUGAAAAAUAUACAACAUUUAAUUAAUUUAUUAUUAAAUAUAUAUUUUUUAUAUUAUCAUCGUUUUCCCUUGUCAAUUCAAAAUCACCAUCAAAUAAGGAUUUGUGCUGGUUUUGUCCUAAUACCCCACUUUGACUUUUUGAAUUUGAGGGCACUGUAUAUUAAAUACCACGCUAUAACGCUGUCCCUUGAUACUGCCAUGUUACUGUAUCUAAGAGUAUGAUGGCAAAAUACUAUUUAUUUUAAUUGACAGUUUGUAAUAUAUUAUUGCGAUUUUUGUAUUGUAAAUUAUUGAUGCACUUCACCUCCUGCCUUCCCUGACAGGAAUUUAAUUAUCAUGCACAAAUACAGCUUCAGGGUUUGGUGGAAAGACUGAUGUUUGUGGUUUUCGUUAAUCACGAGUUACUGAGGAGCAUUUUGUAUUAAAAACACGAGGGCUGCUAGCAAGAGUUUUCUAGAUUCCAAACAAGCUUUUAACUACUUAGUUAUUUUCACGUAUCUUUCAUCUGUUAAAAGCUAAAAUGAAGGCAAAAAACAAUUUGCCAGUAAUUUGCUGCUGGAGGCUACUUCAGUAUACAAAAGCAGGAAAGCAAGCGCUAAAUGCUAACACAAUGCUAAUCCUGUUCUGCUCCUCAAGAGCAUUUUUCUUUCACUUUUUUUUUUUACACACAACUUGCUGUACCUUACCUUGAUUACAGCUGGACUGUUCUUGAGUUGCAUAUGGAGGAAUAUGAUGAUCGUGUUAUGUUACUAAUGUUACUAGCAUUGUUGGAGACGUGCCAUUUUAAUGUUGCCCUUUCUGGGUCAAAAUGGAUCAUGCGAUUUGUGUAUUACAUCGAUGCUUUUAGAUAUUGUAUGAUGGGAAUCUUGCCCGACAUGAAGGGCUUUUACUGUGAUCUUCAAGAUCCAGGUUUCAGUGUGAAUAUUGACUUAUGUUUUCCACAGAGGUCGCUGAUAAAAACAAAUUCACUUAGAAAUCAUUGACCAAACAUGUCAUGCGUCAAAGCCUUUGUGUUACACAUUACAUUCUUCAGCGCCUUUUUGUUUUUCUUUUAAAUGUUUAUUUCACUCAUCGCAAGAACUUUACUGUGCACAAAUUGUUGUAGGUUGAUUUUAAACCUUGUCAGUUUUCUACUUCCCGUGGGUAAACCUUGAAUAUUAGUCACUAAUGCUGUUUUUAAAGAUACACCUCUCAUAAAACCAAACACGUGAGCCUUAAUCUUCAUAGACUGAGAGUCAAUGAGCUUAGCUGCAGCUAGACUUUGCUUUCUCAUGUGAGAGGCCCUUAUUGCUUUGAGAUUAACAGCACUGCCUUUACACACAGUGGUCUUUAAAUGCACUGUAAUAAUGCAGUUUUACAUGAUCUUUAGCCUAUUGACCUCAAUAUGCUUGCAUAGUAUGAGAAGUGAGAUUUGGAUGAAUUUCUAAAUCUAUUAGCUUUGGAGUGCCAAAGCAGGCAGUGAUAUUGAACAAUAUUUCAUCAUCUGGUCUUUUGAACUUUAUAGCUUUAGAACUGCGCAAGGUGACUUUUGAUCUAAAUAAAAGGUUGAAUGGAAUUUGCCAUCUGAGCCAUUCGGGUAGGUUUACCUUGUUGGUAAGCUCAUGUUGGUUAGACAGGUUUUACUGGAGCAGUACCAUAUAAACUGUUUUAGGUAAACAAAUUUGUGCUUUACUGUGGUUGAAUAAAAGGCUAUUUCUGUUUGUAUUGUG